AUGGCAACUAGCAUCUGUUUCAUCCUUUGGGGGUUAUUCAUAACAGAUACUGUAUGGACCCGAAGUGUGAGACAGGUCUAUGAGAUAAAUGAUCCAGAGGAUUUCAAUGAACAUGACGACUUUGAUUGUCCCAGUGAAUGCUUCUGUCCUCCAAGUUUCCCUACUGCUCUUUACUGUGAAAACCGAGGUCUCAAAGAAAUCCCAGCAAUUCCUUCAAGGAUCUGGUAUCUUUAUCUUGAAAACAACCUGAUAGAGACCAUUCCUGAGAAGCCAUUUGAGAAUGCCACCCAGCUGAGAUGGAUAAAUCUCAAUAAAAAUAAAAUUACUAACUAUGGAAUUGAAAAGGGAGCUCUAAGUCAGUUGAAAAAGUUGCUCUUCUUAUUUCUGGAAGAUAAUGCACUAGAAGAGGUACCUUCUCCUUUACCAAGAAGUUUAGAACAAUUGCAGUUAGCAAGAAACAAAGUAUCCAGAAUUCCUCAGGGGACCUUCAGCAACCUGGAGAAUCUGACCCUUCUUGAUCUGCAGCACAAUAAACUAGUGGACAAUGCCUUCCAAAGAGAUACCUUUAAGGGUCUCAAGAAUCUCAUGCAACUAAAUAUGGCCAAGAACUCCCUGAAGAAUAUGCCACCAAGAUUACCAGCAAACACCAUGCAACUGUUUUUAGACAACAAUUCCAUUGAAGGUAUACCAGAAAAUUAUUUUAAUGUAAUCCCUAAAGUGGCCUUCCUGAGACUAAACUAUAACAAGCUAUCAGAUUCUGGUCUCCCUUCAAGAGGAUUUGAUGUAUCAUCCAUUCUAGAUCUUCAACUCUCUCACAAUCAACUAACAAAGGUUCCCCGGAUCAGUGCUCACCUUCAGCACCUUCAUCUUGAUCACAACAAAAUUAAAAACGUGAAUGUCUCUGUUAUUUGUCCUACUCCUACAGUAUUGCCUGCAGAACAAGAUUUCUUCAGCUAUGGACCACAUCUCAGUUACCUCCGUCUAGAUGGAAAUGAAAUCAAACCACCAAUCUCAAUGGACUUAAUGAGUUGUUUUAAACUCCUUCAGGCUAUCAUUAUUUGA